AGUACACAGUAAUCAUGAUAAUUGGCAAAGUAAAUAAACCUCCUUCAACUGCAUUUGGCUUCAAGUCUGUACUUUGUAGUCUGAGUGCCAGGUAAGACAAGAUACGAGUCGUUGGGAGGGAUUGUAAAUGCCGGACUGGUCGACUAGACAGUACGAAACUCUGAAUGUGACGUGAAACCUGCGGCCCCCUUGCCAGUCCAAGUCGGUGCUCGUUUUCAAAUUUUCUGAUAGGACGUGGUCGUGGGCACCAUUGUCAUGGCUGAGUGACUACACUGGCAGUAGAACUGGUAGUUCCAUUGUACUCUGAUCUGUAGCAAUCCGACAUGUCUUCAGUCUCUGGAACAGCACUUGUACUUGUACUUGUAGCGGGUUGACAGAGAUUUAGAGAUUUGACCUACCUGCUUCUCAGAACACGUUCUUUACCAGAAUGUUGCUGAGCUGUUACGAUUAUUUACUAAAGUGAGUGCAUCGUUCCAGUGUGAGAAUCUAGCCAAUGAAGAUAUUGUGGACAAACGUUCGAAACUGGAUGUUGCGAAAUAGCACUAGUCAGUUGACUUUUGCUAGGAAGAGCUAGUUUCCACCAUCAGUGGACAGUGCUGAUUUGAAAUUCGUCCCGUGCGUGGUCCAGUUGAUGCUGCUAUGCGUUCUUUAUGUUAGGCAGCUUUUCUGUCCCCAGCCACUAAGCCUUGGGUGUGCAUGCCUGCGUCCACCGGCUACUCCACAGCAGUGGUGAUUGCCUCACUGCCAGCAGAUCACUGGAGCAUUAGUUUUGGGCAGAGAGAAUCCGAACGGCAGGGAAUACAGCUGAGAUGACGUCAUCUCACUGCUGCAAGUGGCUCGACUGCGGCGAACAGUUCAGUAAGUCAUCUCUGCUUGCCAGUCAUGUACGCAGCAAACACGUGGACCCGCAACUCAGUGAACUGGCCGGUUGCCUGUGGGAGGGGUGCCGUGUUUAUAAUCAGCCAAGCACCAACCAAUCAUGGCUGGCUAGGCAUGUUGCCACUCACACCAAGGAGAGGCCAUUCAAGUGUCUAAUUGAAGCAUGUGCUGCGUCGUUUGCUUCGCGAGAUGGCUUGGUUAGACACAUGCCGUUGCAUUUUGGGGAUACUCCAGGAGGUACAGCGUCACCCAACACUGCAACUAACACUAGCAGUGGCAGCAAAUCCAGCAGUAGCUACAAGCCCAAACCUAAGUACCGCCCUGGCGUGCAAUAUCUACAGCAGUCGGUCCAUGCUCGCCAAUGGAGAUGGGGUUAUGUAGAACAGCUGGUAAAGUGUCCGACAUUUGAACGUUCUGCGUCAAGCACUCCCAGAGCAAACUUUUCCAAUCCAUUUGACGGGGAUGUUAUGACGACGGUGCGCGACAAGGCAGCGACCGCCGAACUGCAGCGACUAGGCGUCCGUGUAUCCAGCCAAGCAUCAUCAAGUGCACAAAACACAUCAACGGCUGCUGCUACUGUUUGUGAGAGCAGCGGUGCAGCGUCACAACGACAGCCCCUUGCACACAGCGACGCUACUAUCACAUUGACUGGCAGUGUCCGAGGAACACGGCGUGACGCACUCACAGACGAAGAGUCCGUACUCAUUGCGUGGAGUCCCCCAGGAUUGUGUGACGAUGAAUGGCUGCCGUCCACCGGUGCUCCCUAUACCAGGGAGAUUAGUCGACCAUUGUGGUUCACUCACCAGGUGAAUACUACUAACAGUGCUGCAAACACAGCCGAUGAUGUCAAGAACCUAGGCAGACGCAAACACCGGCGGAAAGUCACCGGUCCGUACUGAUUUUUUAGGCCCGCUUUUUUUGUAGUUCGUUUUAUUCAAUGAUGAUUUCGAGUUAUCACUGGUUAUUGGUUUCAUUCAAAAGUGAAAGUACAGGGCUUUCUUCUUGUCUUUUUUACACCGAGCUAUCUGUACAUGUAUAGUUUCUUUUGAUCCUGUCAACUUGGGUUGGGGCGCUUUUUAUGGACGGCUUUGAUUUCCCUUGCUUUCCAGAAAAUGGUGAAAUAUUUUAAUUUCAAGUUAAUUUGUGUUGACUGUUGUAGAGUCGUGUUUCUUGCUGUGAGUGCUUUUCUUGUUUGCUCCUAAUUUUUCACACAAUGGAGUACAGACUCACUGGUAUAGUACCAUCUUCAUUAUUUUUCUUAUCUCUCUGCUUUAGAUCUGACGAGGAAGCAUGUGUGAGACCAUUUUAGCUACAUGUAUGUACCGUAGGCUGUUCCACUGUAAUUACCGGUAUGGUAUUCAUUUUUGUGGGGGGGGGGGGGUCUCUCUCUCCAUGUGUGCUCCAAAUUGUUUUGAGUGUUGUUCUAUGUGAUAUCUAAUUUUUAAGAGCAACACUGUCCGAGAAAUCUA